AUCUAUCGUUUAUCGCUACAAAUACAAUAUUUAUUAAUUUUGAAAGGUUUUCAAAUUUUCUACGCAUGGUACGCGCUAUAGCUUAUAUGUUACGAUUUUUGCACAAUGUUCGUAAUAAAAAUAAUAAACGUACGGAUAUUUUAAGUACUAAUGAAAUUAUAGAAUCUCAAAAUUUAUUAGCUAAAAUAUCACAAUUAGAAUCUUUUCCAGUCGAGUAUAAUUUAUAUAUAAAAGAAAAUAAGGUAAAAGAUAAUCACUAUUUAUCAAAACUAAAUAUUUUCAUGGAUAGGGAUAAAAUAUUGCGCGUUGGAGGCAGACUAACUAAUUCCAAUUCAUUUUCAUAUACCAAAAAACAUCCUAUUUUGUUAGGUAGUAAUCAUAGUUUCACUAAAUUGUUAUUUCGCUAUGAACAUGUUAAAUUGUUACACGCAGGUCCUCAAGCGCUAUUGUUUAACAUACGUGACAAUUGGUGGCCGAUAGGAGGUAGAAAUUUAGCUCGAAAGGUAGUACACGAAUGUAUUAUUUGUAAACGCCUCAGAGGAAAGACUCUCACUCCUCAGAUGGGAAAUUUACCCACUGAGCGCAUAAGUCCUACAUAUCCAUUUUCCAAAUGUGGAGUGGAUUAUGCCGGGCCAAUUUUCAUGUUAAACCAUAAAGGCAGAGGAGCUCGUAAGGUUAAAUGCUAUAUUUGUCUAUUUGUAUGUUUUGUUACGCGGGCCAUACACCUGGAGCUUGUAACCGAUCUUACAUCGGAUGCCUAUUUAUUAGCUUUAAAACGUUUUAUUUCUCGCCGUGGAAAACCAUACGAGAUAUUUUCUGAUAACGGGCGUAACUUUGUAGGUCUUAUGAACGAUUUCGCCAAGUUUUUGUCUAAAUGUAGUUCUGAUAUUAAAGAUUAUGUUUCUAACGAACAAAUUAAAUUUCGCUUUAUCGUACCUUAUGCUGCUCAUUUUGGGGGUCUUUGGGAGGCUGGAGUUCGCUCAUGCAAGCACCACCUUCGUCGAGUAGUCGGAAAUGCGAAUCUCACUUAUGAGGAAUUGAGUACAGUCCUGGCACAGAUCGAAGCUGUUCUUAACUCUCGCCCUCUUUCGCCAAUGUCAACUGAUCCUAAUGAUUUUUUACCUCUGAGUCCAGCUCAUUUUCUUAUCGGACGCACCCUAACUUCACCAGCGUGUGAAAACUUGAUGGAAGCUAAUACUCUACGGCUUACUCGCUAUCAAAGAGUGGAGCAGAUGAGGCAGCAUUUUUGGUCAAGAUGGAUGAAAGAGUACAUCUCGGAGCUUCAAUCCCGGACAAAGUGGAAGGCAAACGAUGACCAUCUUCUACCUAACACAUUAGUUGUCAUUAAAGACGACAACCUUCCCCCGCUAAAGUGGCACUUGGGCCGAAUCGUUAGUCUGAUUCCAGGGAAGGACAACAUCACUAGAGUUGCUGAUAUUCGUACGGCAUCUGGGAUUAUCAGGCGAGCAUGUACAAAAAUUUGCCCUCUGUUUACACCAGACGAGAAUAAUUGAAAGUCACAACUUUCAAGGCCGGGGCCAUGUUCCGGCGUUUAUGCGAUAGAUCCGACGUACACGACCACAGAUAAUAAUUAUUGUUCACGAACCUUUCCCGUCCCUUUGACAGCUGUCACCUGUCAGCUGUCACUCUGUCCAUGAUUCUUGUACAAUUUUCAAGCGCACAAGCAAGUUGAAUAAUUAUCGAUUGUAAUCUUUGUAAUACAA